CAGUGCUUGAGCAAGUCACCAGACAUGGAUUGAUGAAAUAACCCAAGCAAUCCAGCUGAACAUAGACUUAGCCGGGUAUGCUCACGCCCAUACGGGUUCGUGGUCGCAGGAGAAAAUAUCCUGAUGAUGGAGUCCCCAAACCAAAACCUAGUGGACCCAAGGGUGGGCGACCCAUGAUAUCCCACCAGACAAAGCUCGAGUCAUCUCAAGCGCGAAGUCACAAACGAGCUCGUCUACUCGUCGUCAAACCCACCAAACCCCGACAAUCGAUCCUGGAAUCCCUCCCCGUCGAAUUGAUCGAGAAGAUCUUCCUAUACUCACUAAAUGUGAACUUCGCUCGCUGCUCCUCAGCCCUAGGCGCAACCGUUUCGAGUGAACGCAUAUACAGAGCGUUGAUCCUGUUGGCAUUUUGGGAUGACUCGUCUGCUACCACGGCAUUGAGAAACCAUGCCUCAGAAGUCGCUAUAUCCAGGAUCCUCCGACCAGUCGAUUACCACCCUCUCAGCCAUGCAGAGCGGAGACACCUCCAGGACACCAUCCUUCGCUGCAAAUGGUGCACGAUACAGCGGCUCCUAGCGCAGCUCCCGGACCUUAUGAACCUUGCCAUUCAACGACACUGGUUGGGUGCAGGAAUCGGCAUGCCCCGACAUGACCAAGAAUCAUUGACCCGAUUCCUCGCUCAAAAAGAAGACACUCGCAUCUUUGAAGGAACCGACACCAACGGAGCCAAUCACUACACCCUCACUGUAGCACCCUUGGUCUCAGUAACAGUCACCCACCAUGAAAACGACCAAUCGACUACCUACCCAGUCCUAGGCGUCCUUCUAAUCCCCAAUAAACUCGUCGAAGACCUCUCCACCCCUGAUCACGUUACCUACCUCGAGCUCCUUCGCAUAGCCAGCGGUUUCAACCGCGCUGAUCUCGUCAAACCGACUGUCUCUGUGUCCCAUGAAUCCCUGCAGAUCGGCAUCCGUAAUGCCCUCAUCGAAAACAACAAAGCCGCCUUAUCCAUCCUCCUCAAAAUCGAUGAAUAUCAUUUUCGCAGCGAGAACCAAUCCCUGAAUCCAACCACUCAUGUUCCUUACAUCCUCCCCGCAGAACAUUUUCGCACGGCUGUACGGUUCGCCCGGCAUGACCCGACGUUCUUCCAGCUGCUCGUGCGCGCUAGUGCGGAGUCUGUUCCGGCUGAUGAUGCGGAGAUUACAGAUUGGGCUGUGGGUCUGAACAAUGCAUUUGGGCACUGGCUGUUGGAACUGAUGCUGCAAUUGCCGCAGCAGAUUGGAGCUGCGCAUGCCAAUCCGGCAGAGGAUGCAGUGUUUUAUUUGGGCCGGGCGAAUGGACAGAGAGAGCUCGCAAGACGGUAUUUGAGAGAGGUCUUGGGUUUGGAAGAGUUGGGAUGUUGGAUGGGAGAGACGAUGUUUGACGCUUCAGCGUUGUGGAAGGUGAACGUCGACUGAUCCUAGUGUAAAAGGUUACUUUGAUCGUGGGACUAUAUGCCCUGUCACGACGAGUCUUCGGACAUACAGUAUCCUCCAAGAAACACCCCCAGAGUACGGAAUGGGAGCCCACCUGCCGUGAUCACAAGCCUAAGGACGUGGCCAGGUGAUUGGCAAAGACGACUGUGGGACUUGGCAGUUUCAGGUGCUUAACACGUUCAAAACUGAAACAGCCUUUCAAAAAAAAAGAACCAUGUCGGUGCUAUCUUCGAGACUUUGUAGCAUUGGGAGGGGGUAAAGGGCACCAUAACAAGAUAAGCGAGCAACAAUUGAAGUAAAGUAGAACAAGUAU